GUACGUUUGUAAUCAGAAUUAGUAAAAGAUUAGAUAAUGCCAGCUUUAGAGACUUUAAGAAAAUCUACUAAGUUCUUCUCUCCUUUUACUUAAAAAUAAUUGAUUUUGUUUUAGGAUUACUUUAGAUUUUUAAGUUUCAAAGAGAAAACUUAAAUUACAAGAAGAGGAGAACCAGUAGAUUUUCUUGGAUUUGUUUUGAAAGGUUAGAUACAUGGAUUUGUAGAAAAUUAACAUAAAAUAACAUUAGUUGAAGGAGAUUGUUUAGGUCAUAUGGCCUGUAUAAAAUUGGCAGGGUAAUUAAUAAUUUCUUAUAUUACAGAUGUGAAGUAUAAUAAAUUGAUUAUUUUGCAAAAGAAGAAGGAUAUAUUGCUAUAAUAAGAUUAGAUGAUUUAAGAAUUUUAUAGAAACGAGAUUCAGAGUUCUCAACUUUUCUUUUUAAGCAAAUUUCACUUUUCACAUUGAAUUCAGUCUCAUAAUAAUUUUUGGGUUUAGAAUAUUAGAGUUAACCAGAAUAGACUAUUGUAGAAACUACUACAAAAAAAAUUAUGUUUCUUUUAGAUUAGUUAGGUGUUAAACCAGAUCCUGAACCAAAUAAAAAAAAAAAAGAUAAAUAAAUAGUAGAAGAAUCAAGAAAUCUAAGAUUUUUUUGGAAUCAAUUAGAUUAGAGAGAUAAACGUGCAUUUGUAUAAAAUUGCACUCUUAUUGAAACUAAAACAUAAGAAAUUUUAAUUAGAGCACAUUAAGCAUCAAAUGUUUUUUAUAUUGUUUUAGAUGGUGAAUUAAUUGAAUUUUAAGAAAAUUAACCAUCUAUUAUUUACAAACAAGGAGAUACUAUAGGAUUAAAAUAGUAUUUAAUAAAUGCAAAUUAAGAAAAUAAUAUUAUUUCUCGGAUGAAAUGCUUAUUAUUAAGAAUAACAAAAUCAAAUUUAGAUGAUAUUGCUACUAUUUCAGGUUAAAGUGCUUGUUCAAUUAUAACAAUGCUUACUAGAUUUGAGGCUUAAAAAUUAAAAGAAUUAUUUGAAAAGUAAUUCAAAGAUGAAUAAUAAGGAUUAUAAAGGAAAGUAGUAGCAUUAGUAGAUGAACUAUCUCAUACAUUGAAACCAAUUAGUAAAAAGGAUUAAUAAAGUACUUCUUAAUUAAUGAAUAAUUUUUUUGAAAUUGAUGUGAACAAAAUGAAAUAAGAUGAUAAAAGUGCUGCUUCUUAAUUAGAAAAAUAAAUAAUUGCUCCUUUAUAUUUAUUAGAUGUAUAUAAAGAUCUUGUUGCUAAAAGAUAUUAUUAACCAAAUGAAAUAAAAGAUAGAAAAGAUCCUAUGUUUGAAAGUGGUUUAAGCAUAUUUAUAAGAGAUAAACUAAAUGAACAAAGAACAUAAGCCUAAAAAAAAAAAGAAGAACUCAAAAAAGCUCGUAAAUAAGGAAAAUCUAUUAAAGAUGAGGAUAAUGAUAUAGAAAUACAUAUGGAUCCAAAUUAAUUAGUUUUAGAAGAACUUAAUAAUGAUUAUUACAAAAUUGUUGAUGAAAGAGAUAAAUUUUAAGAAUAUACCUAUCUUUUAGAAUAAUAAAUUAAAUAAAUGAAAGAUGAAUUUAAAGAAAUGAAAGAAGAACAUUAAAGAAUGUAAACUUAAAUUAGAAAAAAUGAAAUGCAUAAAGAAUUAUUAUCCCUAGAUUUAGCUUCAUAAUUGUUGUAACCAACAGAUAGAACAACCAAAAAGAAACAUACAUUAUAUGAUAAUGUAAAAUUUAUAAUUUAUUAAUAACUAAUAGUAUCUAGUAUAAGUUCAGGAAAACAAAAAAUUUAAGAAAACAGUACAAGUUGCAGAGAAAGUCUUAACUAUGAGUUAAUUACAUAAAUUACAAUCUUGA